AUGGCAGAAGGCAAGAUAGCUUUAGUAACCGGGGCCUCCUCGGGUAUUGGAUACGAAUUGACCAGGCAACUGGCUGGCAAGGGGUACAAGGUUUACGCUGCGGCUAGACGCGAAGAACGUAUUGCUCCCCUUCAGAAGGAAUUUCCUCAGCUAGUUGUUCCCAUCAAACUUGACGUUUCCGAGCCAGAACAGAUUUCUGCUUUGCGUGAUCGCUUGGCCAAAGAGCUGCCAUCGCAGAAGCUAGACAUAUUGUACAACAAUGCGGGACAAAGCUGCACGUUUCCCGCCAGCGAUGUGACCAACGACGUCUUGGAGCAGGCUUUCAAAGUGAAUGUGUUUGGGCCCAUCAACACGUGCCGUGAACUACUGCCAUUCGUGAUCAAUGCACAGGGCACCGUGAUCUUCACAGGCUCGCUGGCCGGAAUCAUCUCGUUUCCUUUCGGUUCAGUUUACAGCGCUACGAAGGGUGCUAUCCAUAGCUAUGCGCGCGGCCUGCACAUCGAAAUGAAACCUUUCGGCGUGCGUGUACUGAAUGUUAUCACUGGAGGCGUGGGAACCGACAUCGCCGACAAGAGGCCGCUGCCCGAAGACUCCAUUUACAACAUCCCUGAAGCUAGCGAGGCCAUGGCCUACCGCCGCGAGAUGGCCAAGAACAACAAGCCUAUGGACGUCGGCAAAUACGUCUCGUCCGUGGUGCGGGACAUCGAGAGCUCACGUGAUCCAGUUGAUAUCUACCGUGGCACCUUUGCUGGGGCCGCGCGCUGGAUUUCCUUGCUGAUGCCUUACUGGAUGCUGGACUGGAUUCUUGCCCGCCGCUUCAAGCUUACCGGCAUGAUCAAUGCACUGCAAAAGCGCAAGCGCGAAUAA